CGCAAAUCGUCGUGCCCGCGCCGCUUGACCCAAUAUAUCGAUUACUUCGAUUACGUUAUCAAUAUCUUACUCUCUGUGACAGUCGUUGUUGAGAGGCGAUCGCAUGAGCUCUGUAAACAUAUCGCCAAAUGGAGCAUUCGCGCGUCGAGAGAAUGGACGGCGUUACGAGAGAUCGACUCUCGGCGACUUUGUUCGGAAGAAAUAAAGGGAUCUUCUCGGCUUGGUUGUCUCAUCGCGCUCGCAUCAAUCAUUUCAAUUGUAUCGGGCUACAACAAUCUCGCUAUCUCGAAGCAUCGUCUAUCGUUCAACUUUGACCCUAGGAAGCUUCCAGCGUGCUUCUGAGACGCGUGUAUGUUCCCACGUUCGUACGAUCAAACUCGCUCGACCGGUAUCGCCGAUGUCAUUGCCGACAUUGUCAUCACCAUGGAGAAAACGAGUGCUUUGACUCGUUAUCAAGAUCCAACCAUCACUAUCGGUCAUUAACACACACACAUACACAUGUGCACACAAUCCUCUUACUCCUAAUCGUCGGCUGGCCGCUUACAAAAAUGUACAAUCUAUGAAAGCUAAGCGAACUGUCGUUUGCGUAAUCCGACGGCGAUAGCCGCGGUUAUCAACACGAGGAACAACAGCCGAGUAAUAUUAAUCAAAUCUGAGCGAAGUAACGAAACGUUAGGAUCCACCCAAUCAGCUAGUCGCGGCUUGAUAACGGAAUCGUCUAUUUGCAGACGACCAGAUGAAUUUCCAACCCGCCUCCGGAAUAUUCCGCGCGAUUCACGAUUCUUCCUCUUUUUUUCACAAUGCAUAUAUACAACGAGACGGCCCGUAUCGCCAGUAGUUAACAUAGCUUUUCUAUUAUCGCGGACCAGUUCACGCCACACGCGCACCAGAAAGUGCCUCGACGUUCCAGUUUCUACUCGCUGGCAAGCCGACCUCGCGUUUACGUCUGACCCGCAUUCCGUCAAGCAGCGCUGAAAUUUCGUUUCGUGUCUCUGUCUUCUUCCGCAUUAUCUCUUACCGUACAGCAAGUCGCCGCUCGCAACCGUUCGAUCAGUGUCGCACUUUCAUUCUCGCGAUGGAACGCGACUCGAAGAGACGAGGCUUAAUUUCGUCGCGAUACGAGACGCUUUCGUCACCAUGCUUUCGUCACCAACUUUCGCUCGUCGUAAAAUUCGACGGUAUCAGUGUCAAAAAAAAGGCGUUACAUCCUAAUUACGUGUGUGAAAUUCAUGUUUCAUGGGAUACAAACCGAAAACUCAAAAGAACGUGUAUGAUGGCUGAUAUUACUUUAAUUCUGAACAAUUUCUUGACUAACACUCGAUGAGACAUUCAAAUGUUAUAAUUAAUACAAUUAAUUUUAGUAGUAUAAUUAUAUUAUACUCGCUUUUUAUACCGGUUCAUUUGAGUAUUUUCAAGCAGGAACGAAAAGCGAUCUCCUGAUGUUUGUAGCAAGCGAUAUACUGUAAUCAAACCGCAAAAUAUUCGGGGAGGGACGUCGUAAGUGAUCACAUGUGAGCGCACGCACGUGCAAAAUAAAUCGAGUACGGAGAUUCCGCAAUCUUAAGGAGGAUUUAGAUGUAUGCGGCAGAAUAUCGAAUUGCAGCGUCGCAUAUUCCGUCGAGCAACGCUUUCGCGCGUUGCGAGCGUCUUGAAAUAAAUCCAUAUUUUCCUAAUAAAAUUACCCUUCGGAUGCAUCCGAGCUGGCGCCAGCAAGGGUAAAAGCGACAGGUUACCUUGAACAUGGCUGCGCGGCGCCGCCUAAUAAAACCCUAUCAAAAUGAAGCCCCAGUCACACCAUGUAUCUUGGUGAUUUAUGCGACUUGGUUGAUAUAGCGAGAAAACAACAAUGUAAUCGUGCACGCACAGCGCUCGACGGCCCGAAAGCGCGCUCUCUCUCUCUCUCUCUCUCUCUCUCUCUCUUCUCCCCUCACGCGCGGAUGCGACAGCUGUCAAAAUUAAGCCUCUAGCACGACAUUGUUUGUAUAUCAGAAUAUCAAGAUGUUAAAUGUCCUCUAAUUAUAUAAACCACUUGCGUCGUUUCGCGACGCGCCGAAGCGGCGCGCCGAAAUGUUACGCAAUGUAGCAUUAAGAAUGUUAUAAUCACGUCCCGCGCGUUUCAUUCGUCGGCGAAACGUGCCAAAAAUUUCCAAUCGUCUUCCGCAGUCGCGUGAUUUUUUACUUUGUUUGUGACUUGUUCUCCUCGACAAUUCGCUUUCGUAUAAUCGAAUCUGUGAAUACGAUUGUUAACGCGAAUGUUCUUCAGACUGGUUAACAACCGAGGGAGCGGGGGGGGGGAGAGGAGGGGGAGUUUAAACGCUACUCGGAACGUUUCUAUUGAAUCUCUAUCUCAUUUAAAACGAACAUUUUAAUUUGUCCUCGUUUACUCGUACUCAACAAUAAUGAUAAGUCUGUCCUUCUUACGCUGCUCAUCGGAUAUCUCUGAGCGUUUCCGCCGUUUCCAAUUUAAAUAUCCUCGAAGCGAUAGCUUUAACACGCUCUAACACUCGAGAAUUUGCACAGGCGCAUGGCGAUAAUUGUCUUCUCCGACAACAGAUACGAUUAUUUAUGUAUUUAUACCAGAAACGAAUUCGCUUUUGUGACGAAGUAUCGUCGACCGUCCGAUGUCACUAUACUUCGUACGACCGGAGAAUACUUCAAUUUCUGAAAACACAAAGGGAGAGCCGAUCACAUGUGAAGCUCCGAUCUUUCGCCGAUGUCCAGCGUCACAUGCGUGUUUUGUGAAAUAUUUUCUAGAAAUUUUGUGAAAUACUCAUAUUGUCUAUUUAAUAUAUUAUGCAAUCACAUAAGAGCGAGCUUAAAGCUGCUAAAAGUACACCGUAGGCUACAGUGAGCGAUUUUUUCAUUUAAGCGUUCUUUUCAUUCCAAGUUCCGUUGUUCUUACACGAGCGUAUGACAUUGUCUCAGCCUGAGAAUCAGAGAGGCAUAUUUAGCGCUCGACACGCGUCCAGAACAGGUCCAGACCGCAGACUCGAUGCUCGAUCGAUACGCGGAUUGAUUUAACAUAAUACAUGACUCUCUUUCCCACAAGAUCCCCCUCCCACGUUACAGGCUCGCGUAGACGAGCCUUCCCCAUUUCGCAACGAGCAAACAAGCGACCCGAGGGCCCCUCCCCACCGAGUCUUGUAUCGGCAAUUAACACCUCUUAAUUCGCACUCGGUAGAGCGCGCGAAAAAUGCCAAUCGUUUUCGUUACGAGCUAUUAUUAUAAAGGUUACCUUGAAACGUCAUUUUGUCAGAGUGACAGGGCAGUAUGCCUAGUCAGCCAAGCGGCACCUUUCGAACAUGGAGCACAUUUGUCGCAUUUUAUCUCGCGAUUCUCUCCCCCUCUCUCUUUCUCUCUCUCUCUCCCCCUCUCUCUCUCUCUCUCUCUCUCUCUCUCUGUUUCUGUGCUCCGUCUCUCACCGACGGAGACGAUUCGCGUAUACGCUUAGCGGUAUUCUCUUUCCACCCGCAGAUGAUCGUCGCACCGUCGCGUUCGACAUAAGCGACGCAUCGUGACUGCGGUCUAAUGGCGAACGGUGCGGUUCCAAUGCAUUUGCGGGAAUAAUAUGCGCGUAAACUUGUCGAAGCCGACUGGACUUAACAUAUAUAAUUGAAGAGCACGAGCCUCGCAGGCCUCGAGAAGGAAGCACGCCUCAGAUCGAAGCAGUCAACGAUCGAGCGUGGGGCCGAUCCCGUCGACAAUUACUGCGUGGUCCAGUUUCUCCGUUUCUCAUUGAGAACUGCUACUCUCGCUCGGCGGACGAGCGACAGCGGAGACGCACGCGACGCGCACAAACGGAGGACGAGCAAUCAGCGCCGACACGCAGCGAAGAUCCCGCACGUGAUCGCAGCGACUCAACGGCAUGGCGAGCGUCGACAAGGACCUCGAGGAGCUGAUGUCCCACUUGGGCGAUUUCGGCAAGUACCAGUCCGGGCAGUUCUGCCUUCACCUGCUCGGCGCCCUUCUCGCCGGUCUGCACAUGCUGUCCCUGCUGACGGUGGCGGCGGUGCCACCGCACCGCUGCGACAUCCCGGCCGCGAACCUGUCCUCGUCCUCCUCAUGGACGAGCGACACCUCGUUCGACACCUCCGCUGCCGGCUGGAACAGCUCGUCGGAGCACCUCCCGCGAGCCAUCGACAGCUGCCACUAUCUGGACCGCGACAACGUGACUCGGGAAUGCGACUCUUGGACGUACGACACGACGUACUUCCAGUCGUCGCGAGGCAUGGAGUGGAAUUUCGUGUGCUCGCGACGUUGGAUGGGCUCCUUGGCGCAGUCCGCCUACAUGUUCGGCGUGUUCGCCGGCUCCUUGACGUUAGGUAGCCUGGCGGACACGUACGGCAGGAAGAUCGUGUUCUGCGUAUCCGCAGUGGCGCAGCUGGUGCUCGGGGUGUCGGUCGCGUUCAUGAACAAUUACUACGUGUUCUUGGUGCUGCGCUUCUUAUACGGCAUCUUCGGCUCCGCCGGUGCCUACAUCACCGGCUUCGUGUUGACGAUGGAGUUGGUGGGCCCGUCCCGUAGAACCGUCUGCGGCGUGAUGUUCCAGCUGGCCUUCGCCGCGGGUUUUAUGCUCGUGGCCGCGUGGGGUGUCGUCAUCAAGGACCGCAUGUGGCUGCAGAUCGUGUACGGCGCGCACAGCGCACUCCUGCUCGUUCACUGGUGGCUGAUGGACGAGUCACCUAGGUGGCUGUGGGCGCACGACCGCGCCUCCGAGGCGAUCGUCAUCGUGCAGCGGGCGCUCAAGGUGAACGGCAGCAACGUCAAGGUGGAAGCUGCCAAGUUAAUCGGCCGCUCGCGGGCGCAGCAGGAAACCAAGACGGACAGGUCGCACGGCACGUUGGAUCUGUUCAGGACGCCGAACCUCCGGAACAAGAGUCUCAACAUCUGUCUCAACUGGUUCGCCAACUCCAUCGUUUACUACGGACUGUCGCUGAACAUGGGCAACCUCGUCGGCAAUCCGUUCGUCAUGCUGUUCCUCAGUGGGCUCGUCGAGCUGCCGGCUUAUAUCCUGGUGGUCUUCACGAUGGAUCGUCUCGGCAGGAGAUGCCUGGUCAGCGCGUUACUGCUGACCGGCGGCGCCUGCUGCAUCUGCGCGGCCAACAUCGCCGCCAGCAGCGAGAUCGCGUCGAUCAUCACAGUCACGAUAGUGCUGAUCGGCAAGGCCUGCGUGGCCGGCUCGUUCGCCGUGGUCUACAACUACACAGCCGAGCUGUUCCCCACGGUGGUGAGGAACACCGCGCUUGGUAUCGGCUCGAUGUGCGCUCGAUUGAGCGGCGCGCUCACGCCUAUGAUCUUCUUGCUGGACUCGUUGAACCCCAAAGUACCCGCCGUACUCUUCGGAUUAGUCGCCUUGCUGGCUGGCUUCCUGGCACUCUACUUGCCGGAAACACUGAACCAACCGAUGCCGGAGACCAUCGAGGACGGAGAGAACUUCGGUAAGGGCGACACCUGCUUCACCACCUGCCUGGGUGGCAGAGCGAGGGUCGCGAGCAGCAACAAUGUCGCGAUGACGGCGCAAGUGAACGAGGAGGAGGACGGGGAGAAGGAGAAGUUGAAUAAUAUAUAAACGAACCGAUUGCCAUAGGUAGAACAAAUUCAUCCGAGUGCCUUCGACCAGUACUUACGGCUGUAAAAACGUACGGAGGAACGCGCAUGUCGUCCUCGUCGACCUGACCGUCAAAUUACAACAUGGCCGCUUAUCCCACGGAGAUUAAUAAAGGAGAUUAAUGAUGAACGUGCGAUCUUCGGACCGGGCGGCGGCGACGUAACGUAUUCGGAAACGAGCUGCGUGCGUUAGGCUUAAGGCUGCCGUCCGAAAUUGCACGUGCGACAUUAUUUUCGCGAUGCACGAGAAAAUUGUAUAUUUUCAUAUUUCACGCGCAUAUGUUAUACUUCGAUAUAUUUAGCGCUUUAUUUAGAUAUAUUUAGCGCUGUACCUUCGCAAGAAACGCACACGACGAGAAUCGUCGCGCGGAGAAUCGUUUCUCAAGGAUUUCUCUUGAGGCUUGGCCUCGCCCCGAGAAGAAUUGCUGUCGCAUUAUCAUAUCGCGAUAUCAUAUCGCACGUAUUGCGGAUAACGCGCGGACGAGCUUCACGAUGUCUUGCGAUUUCAUUGUUAGACAAACUCCGCGAAAGGAACGAUUAAAAGUUCACGACGAGAUUCUGCCCACUCGAGAAACGCUCGCUCGUAAAAUUCUUUCCUUCGUCCCUUCCUCUCUCUCUCUCUCUCUCUCUCUCUCUCUCUCUCUCUCUCGCUCUCCCUCAAUGUCGGAAUAAUCCGGAAGUCAACGAGGAAAUAAAUUCGUUUACAUCCGACUUAACUCACUACUUUUGGACGAGAUGAACCGGCCGUGGAAAGUUUAAGGGUUAUGCGGAGAUAAAAGGGGUUGAGGGGCGCUCUCGAGGCGCUUUAAGGCGCACGUAUGAUCUUAAUGGCGAGGAUGCAAUUCCGGCGGAAUCUUCCCGGGCGAGAGAUCCUGGUAAAAUCGUCGUCCCGCUUUUCUCCCUAGCUAAUGGAAAAACUUUGUCGCCCGUUGCGGCGGCCGAACGUUUUUCCAAUCAUAAAGUUUGAAAAAUGGUCACGUCGGCCAUCCGCGGAUUUUUUUUCUUCUUUUCUCGCCGUUGAAUUGACGGCGAAGGGGAAAGGGAUCCCAUCUCCGGAAAAUUUCGUUAAGUUCGCGUCGAACAGUUCGAGUUCGGCGUGUGUGAUCGAUAAAACGCACAUGCGUCACUCGUUUGAUUUGUUGCCGCAUGCGUUGCUGCGUUUUAUCAACUGUCUGCGAAAUUGAUGUCACGAGAUAUUGCGAUUCGUACAAUCCAACGGAAAAAUUAUUUCCUUUACUUCGAAUAAGCUCGCGAAUGCGCUCUCAGUGACGCCGAUCGAACGGACGGUUUGGGUUCACCGACUUUUGGAAUUCAUCGAGAACUGUUGAAAAUCGAAUCGAGAUUUAAUGAGCCGCGUUAACUCCGACUUCAACCGAUUCCUUCCUUAUUGAUCGAGCGUCACUUGGUAACGGAUUGGAAAUUGAAUCACUUUAUCGCGCAGUUACCGAUAAGUCCUCGCGGACUUGCCUCCCUAAUUAAAUCCAACGUCGUAAAGUAUCGCGAGUCACGGCCAAACAAUUAUCGAAACUGCGAUACAAUUCACUGAAAGUUCCCAGCUCUCGGUGUCACUCGCAAACUCGCGCGCCUCGGACAUGUCCACUGCUCGAUCGCACAAAUCACCAAGUUCUCGCCAAGUAUCGGUCCCGGACCGAGUAUGUAAGUAACUUUCAACAUUGUAAUUUGCGCGAAGGCUGCGACGCGAAGCGCAACGGCUGACAAUAAAUUUUUCGCACAUGCUUAUUUCUUGCCCGAUGUAAAAAUAAGCACCUCGACACGAUAUUCUCCGCGUCGGCACAUCCGAUGAUCCGAAUUAAUGGUUACGUUGACAUUACCGCCAUCAACUUUUCCAUGAUGCGACUCGCGAAACGCGAGAUCUAACGAAGGAAGAAAGAUCUAUCGGCGUCCGAAUUCCCAAGAUUUCGUAGCCCUCGCGAAUGCAAUGCGUGAGAUCGUCAAGGACGAGAUUAAACGCCGGGAUUGCACCUCUGAGACCGCAAUUCCACGCAAUUCUAAGAGCUUACCCUCCACGUUCAAACUAGUCGGGAAAUACAUCGAGGACAAAUGAUACGUAUACAGGGUGAGCUAUUUUAAUUUAUUCACACUGAUAACUUCGAAGAUUAUGGAAAUAUCGAAAAAUGUCCAAGAGAAAAGUUAUAGGAUUCGUAGGGGGUCAACUGAUGGUGACCUUGACUUUGAUCUUGAAGGGCAUUUUCAAGGUCAAUUGAAGCUCAUGAGACUAGUUUCAUAUUUUACUCAAGUUUUUGACCUAAUCGAGAAUAAUAGUUACUAUCGUCUUAACCGUUAUUAUUCGAUAAAUCCUUACGUGUGCUCUGAGAUGGACUAACAACAAUAAAUUAUUGUUCAGAGGAAUUAAUCAUUUUUGCUUUGAUUUUGUUCCUACAUUGGAAUUUAUUCAGUUUCAUCAGAUACCAACUUGUAUCAUUUUGUUGCUAAUUUCCUGAUACGUGGUGUUGAAUACGUGGUGAUGGUUGCAAAAUUAUUCAUUCUUACUUAUUUACGGGUUAUUUGACCUUCAAAUGAUCUUCGGAGGUCAACCUAACCCAAUCUGAAUACGAAAUUACUCGCUCUUUCUGAGCCCGGUCAAGUUCUAUGAAUCCUAAAACUUUUAUUUGGAUCAUUGUUUGACCUUCGGAUAACCCCUAGGAGUGUCACGUUGACCCUUAACACGAUAACAUAUUUGAACGUAAAAUUUCUCACUCUUUCCAAAUUCGCGGUCAGAAAUAGGGAUUUCUAUUAAGAAAAACAAAGUUGACCUUCAAAUGACCUUCAAAAUUCUGACCCCCUACGAACCCUAUAACUUUUCUCUUGGACAUUUUCCGAUAUUUCCAUAAUCUUCAAAGUUAUCAGUGUGGAUAAAUUAAAAUGGCCCACCCUGUAUAAUCUCUUUCACAUUUUAUUUCUCGUAGAAAAAUCCUGGACCCUUUUCCUCGAGAGCGAGUCGAUGGGGAAGAAACUGCGGGAUCCGUAAUUUCUUUCUUUUAUUCCUCUUUUUCGUGAAGAAGGCGAAACUGGAGCGUUUAAAAUACUGUCGUGCGAAAUUUAGAACUGGGACAAAUCUUGGAAAACUGCGAGAAUCUCGCAAGGACACUCCGCGAGAGGAACGACGUGUCCUCGGGGAGAGAAAAAGAGAAAAAGAGAAAGCCGAAUCGUCCGUUGGCUCCGCCGUUGGCGACGGGAGCUACCGCUUGUUUAACUUACGGUAAAUCCGACCCUGCGAUGAUUGUGCACUCACCUGCGUUAUCGAGCGCUCACAGAUCCAUGCGCGAGGGAUGCUGGAGCGGAUGUACCACGGGAGCACACGGAGGCAAGGAGCGCGCGUCGCCGACUGAACUCCCGCUCUGUGCUCGCCCAUUAAAUCGCGGAAAACGCUACGUCGUUUCAGCAGCGCGCGCAACUCCAUCAAACGCACGGUUCAGGCCGUUGCCUCAAAUUUGACCUCCUGGUGAAUCGGAUCGCGGAAGCGUCGUCGCACUCUCAGGACCGUUGCCGACUCGCGAAUGAAGCGGCGAAGGGAAGCGACACAGAGGCUCUAAUCCGUAUGAAGUUCGCGAAGUCCAUAAAGAGUCUGUGAAAGCCGAAUGGCUGGCUUCGUACCGUCGUAUUAAGCGAAGUUGAGACUCUAAUCCCCCACGAUUUUAAGUCGCGGUCGAUUCAUGACGAUACUCCGAGCACUUUCGAAACUACACGGAAACUACCCGUCGUCAUUAUAGAAACUAUAUUUUUGGAAAUUUUACAAAAAUCGUCAAAGAGACAAUCUCGCGAAAAGUAAGACGGUCGUGUUGCAUUACGCGACAAUAAUUAUAUAUUACGUUAAGCAGCUGUUGGGAUAUUAAACGGAAAGUGCGACUUUCAAUGUUGAUAUCAACUUGUUGAAACUUGGUCCACGAAGAGCCAUCAUUCUCUCCGUGUCCUUUUCCUGCGCUUCGGACGGCGAAGAUGCGGAGGAUGAGUUAAACUCGUCCAUUAAUUUUAAUUGGCGCUUGUACGAAUGGUCCCAUUGUAGCGCAAAAAACAGACACCGCUGCGGAGCGGAUUGUCCGAGCAAUAAAGGAGAUUUGUUUGGAGGA